CCGUUCUCUCCCCCGCCGCCGGAGGAAGCCUCGGCGGCCCUGGGGCGGCCCUUCCUCAUCCUCCCGGCGGUGGCCAGCCGCCGCGCCUCGGCUGCGCUCGCGUCCCCCUGCGCCGGACGGACGGACGGACGGACGGACGGACGGAGUAGCGGAGGGAGCUCUCCGCGCCCCCCCACCCCCUUCCCCGCCCCGGCUCGGCUCGGCGGCCAUGGGGCCGGGGGCGCUGGCCGCGCUGCUCUGCGCCCUGACGCUGCUGGGCUGCCCGCCGCCCGCCGCCGCCGCCACCGCCCGCCCCGCCUCCCCAUAUAACGGCAGCUGGCCACGCAUCAGAAGUUUUGUGAUGUCUUUUGUACACGAGGAUGACCGUAUACCUACUGAAGGUGAUAUUGAAGGUGACUUGGAAGUUGGAUCAGGAGCCACCAAUCAGACUGGAUCGUUCCUACGUGAACAGCUAACGGUGUCAGUGCAAACAGCAAGAUACCUCACCAGUCCGUGGCUGACGCGUUUCGUUCCUUCAGUUUACACCUUAGUGCUUGUGCUGAGUCUCCCUCUGAACAUUACAGCGAUACUCGUGUUCCUGAAAAAAAUGAAAAUUGAAAAGCCAGCUGUAGUAUACAUGCUGAAUUUGGCCCUUGCAGAUGUCCUGUUUGUAAGCGUGCUUCCCUUUAAGAUUGCUUAUCACUUUUCUGGAAAUGACUGGGUUUUUGGACCUCAAAUGUGCCGUUUCAUCACUGCUGCCUUCUACUGUAACAUGUACUGUUCAAUAAUGCUUAUGACGAGCAUAAGCUUCGAUCGCUUCUUAGCAGUGGUGUAUCCCAUGCAGUCUCUUGGGUGGCGUACGUUAACGCGUGCCUCGCUGACUUGUUUCAUCAUAUGGCUUGUAGCAGUAACUGGGGUUAUACCUUUUCUCAUCAGAGAGCAAACGAUGGAAAUACCCAAGUUAAAUAUAACUACUUGCCACGAUGUGCUAAGAGAAUCUGAACUUCACGGCUAUUACCUCCACUUCUUCUCCAUCUUCUCUUCUGUGUUUUUUGUAGUGCCGUUUAUAAUUUCUACUGUCUGUUACGUGUGUAUCAUUCGAUGUCUUAGUUCUUCUACCCUUGUUGCAAAACAAAAUAAGAAGACCCGCGCCUUGCUCUUGUGUGUGGCUGUUUUUUCUGUUUUUGUUAUUUGUUUUGGACCAACAAAUGUCCUUCUAUUAAUUCAUUAUAUCCAUUUUUCUUAUGACAACAGCUUAGAGUAUCUCUACUUUGCCUAUCUACUCUGUGUUUGUAUCAGCAGUGUGAGCUGUUGCAUUGACCCCUUUAUUUACUACUAUGCUUCUUCUCAGUAUCAGAGACAACUUUUCAGUCUCUUCAACUGUAAAAAGACUUUCGAUCCUAACAGUAGUAACAGCAGUGGCCAGUCAGUGUCUACCACUAGUAGAAGGGCUACAUGCUCUACUAAUGUGAAUAACAGUGUCUACAGGAAAUUGCUAGCAAUGCAUUGAGAUAGCGUGUCUUACGUGUGCUUAAUUUUUAGACAAUUUCAGACAAAAAAAAGACUGUAUUAUAUCCAAGAAAUGCAAAACCUUAAACCAAGUUGUUGUACAGUACAUAGUUUUAUGGAUUCAUUAUAGUAAUGCACAAUUCAAAUUAUAACUCUGUAUAUGUAUAAAUAUAUAUAUAUAGUAUAUGUAAAUAAAUUAAUGUAGAGGGGAAAAGUAAUUUCUCAAUAAUAGUUGUUGUGUGUUUUUCAAAUAAACUCCU